AUGACCCACUUUCGAAAAGUCGAAAACUGCAUUAUUUGUGACCGAGAGACGAGUUUAUUCAAUUACGGGGCGAUUUCAUGCAAUGCUUGCAAACUGUUUUUCCGUCGUGCCAAGGUGAGCAAGACAGAAAUCAGUCCUUGUUCAAAUCGAAAUUUAUGCCACAAAACAAAAAUGAGCACUUGGAAAAGUGCGUGCAAAAGUUGCCGACUCCUGAAAUGCGUCAAAGCUGGAAUGACACUCAACUCUACUGAUCAAAAUUUCAAUAUGAAAACUUCCGAUCGAAUUUAUGAUUUGAUUCAAAACUUGCACCAUUUAAACUUGACCCGGAUGACCCUUGCAAGCUCGCAUUGCGUCUCGCAAACGGAUCCUUCAAUUUACGAAAUCGCACAACUACCAAGCAAAAUUUCAUUUGUUCCUAGACCUGAGGCUUUAGAAAUGAAAUUAAAUGAUUGGAUAUUUCUGCAAAUCAACACCACAAUUGACUUUGUGAAGAAACUGCCAGCCGUGAAAGAUUUGAAUCUCAGUGAUCGAGCUUUAUUUUUGAAGCACUGCCACCAAUGUUUCACUUUGAUCUCACUGUCUUAUGAAGCAAUGUCCGAUAAAAAAUGUUAUAUGUCGAUGCCAGAUGGGUCUAACAUUUUGCCAAUUCAACCGUCGCUGAAGCUUGAAAAUUUUGCAAAUGUUAUAAAAAGCCAGUUGGUCGGGAGAAUGAUUCAACUACGAGUAACAAAAGAAGAGUAUCUUCUCAUGGCAGUUUUAUUUGCAUGUAAUCCAACUGACAUCAACAUUUCGUUGUAUGGAAAAACAAUUCUCAACACCCAACAGAAAGAAUUUUCAAAUGCACUGUUGCAAUAUUGUUUCUCUAAUUAUCAACGUACAGGACCAAGUCGCUUUGGUGAUUUGCUAUCAUUAUGCUCGGCUGUUAUAAAAACACGUCAAGACUGCAGUAGCUUUUUUCUGCUGACCAAUUACCCCGGGCCAACUUUCAAACUGUUUAACGAAAUUGGACAAAGUUUUCAAAAUUGCUAAAUUUUAUUCAGUGUUUUUUAAAAUAAAUUUAGAAAAUGGAUA